AUGGAGGGAAAGAAACCUUUGCUGGUGUUGGAUAUGGAUGGCACUCUCAUCACCUCUUGCAACAUCAAGAGCCCGGUAUGCAAAGAUCCCAAAUUCAAGCACGAUUUCGCGCUUAAGAUUCCCCACUCUCCACGAUACACGGAGGAGCUCCUCGUCACCAAGCGCCCAGGGCUGGACAAAUUCCUGCGUGAUCUAUCUUCACACUUCCACAUCAUCGUCUUCAGCCACUCCCCGUUGAUCGUCGUGAACAAGGUCUUCGACGUGAUCGAUCCAUCGAAAGAGCUGGUGUCGCACAGGAUUGGAUACGAUUCGUGCCCGAAGAACAUCAAGAACCUGGAGCCGGGGAUUCUUGGGCUUGCCGAGGUCGAUCUCAAGAGGACGAUCUGGAUUGACGACUCUCCUCUGCCGUUUAGUGGGUAUCCGGGGAAUGGGAUCGUUGUUCCUCACUUUGGGGCGGGAGAUCACCGGAGGGAUCGAGUGCUCAUCGAUUUGGUCCCGGUUCUAGUCGCGAUGUCCACUGUGGAGGACGUGAGAGAGUCGAUUGCGUUGUACAAGGCUAGGAAAUGGUGGCACCCAUGGUCGGAUGCCGCGAAGAAUUGGUUGGAUUCUCUUCUUGGAUGGUUUUCUCGAUAG